UAACUCGAUGCCCACAAAGCAGUGUUGAUAUCCUUUUCCGCUGAAGUCUUGUGCAUAAAAGUCACACAAGUCUCGCAUCGAUCACCGAAAACAAUGACUCAGAAGCGCCGGAACAACGGUCGGGCCAAACACGGGAGGGGACACGUGAAGGCCGUGCGCUGUACUAAUUGUGCCCGAUGUGUGCCCAAAGACAAGGCCAUCAAGAAGUUUGUGGUGCGGAAUAUCGUGGAGGCGGCCGCCGUCAGGGACAUCACCGAAGCCUCGGUCUAUGAUUCCUACCCGUUGCCGAAGCUGUACGCGAAACUGCAUUACUGUGUCUCGUGUGCCAUCCACUCGAAGAUCGUGAGGAAUAGGAGCAAAGAGGACCGCAAGAUCCGGACCCCACCGCCCCGUUUCCAGAAGCCCGGCCAACGCGAGGACAACAGAGGAAACUGCAUUACUGUCAAAGAGGACCGCAAGAUCCGGACCCCACCGCCCCGUUUCCAGAAGCCCGGCCAACGCGAGGACAACAGAGGUGGACAGAAUCGGGUCCAGAAUCAGCAGAAGUAG